AUGUCGGCCGCACAACUUCUCAACCCCAAGGCCGAGUCCCGAAGGAGGGGCGAAGCUUUAAAAGUCAACAUUAGCGCUGGUGAGGGUCUACAGGAUGUCCUCAAGUCCAACUUAGGCCCCCUAGGCACUAUCAAGAUGCUUGUCGACGGUGCGGGACAGAUCAAGUUGACCAAGGAUGGAAACGUUCUUCUCCGCGAGAUGCAAAUACAGAAUCCUACCGCCGUUAUGAUUGCCCGAGCUGCGACCGCUCAGGAUGAUAUUUGCGGUGACGGAACAACCUCUGUGGUUAUGCUGGUUGGCGAGCUUCUCAAGCAAGCGGACCGAUAUAUCUCAGAAGGACUGCACCCUCGCAUCAUCACUGAUGGUUUCGAGGUUGCCAAAAUCGAGGCUCUCAAGUUCCUCGACGGUUUCAAGCUCGCCAAGGAGGUUGACCGAGAACUCCUCCUCAGCGUCGCCCGAACAUCGCUCGCCACCAAGCUCAACUCGACUUUGGCCGCUAACCUCACUCCCGAUAUUGUCGAUGCCGUUCUUGCCAUCUACGAGGCACCCGCGAAGCCCGAUUUGCACAUGGUGGAGAUUAUGAAGAUGCAGCACCGAACAGCCGCCGACACUCGGCUGAUUCGCGGACUGGCCCUCGACCACGGUGCUCGUCACCCUGAUAUGCCUAAGCGACUUGAGAACUGUUACAUCCUCACCCUCAACGUCAGUCUGGAGUAUGAGAAGACUGAGAUUAACUCGAGCUUCUUCUACUCUAGCGCUGAGCAGCGUGAUAAGCUUGUUGAGAGCGAGCGUCGUUUCGUCGAUGCCAAACUCAAGAAGAUUGUUGAGCUCAAGAAGGAGCUUUGCGGUAACGACGGCACAAAGAACUUUGUCGUCAUCAACCAGAAGGGUAUUGACCCCUUGUCUCUUGACGUCCUCGCCAAGAACAACAUUCUUGCUCUCCGACGAGCCAAGAGAAGAAACAUGGAGCGACUUCAGCUUGUCUGCGGUGGUACUGCUCAGAACAGUGUCGAUGACCUGUCUGAGGAGGUUCUGGGUUGGGCUGGUCUCGUCUACGAGCAAACUCUUGGCGAGGAGAAGUUCACCUUUGUUGAGGAGGUCAAGGACCCCAAGUCUGUUACUCUUAUGAUCAAGGGACCCAACGCACACACCAUCGCUCAGGUGACUGACGCCGUUCGAGAUGGUCUGCGAAGUGUUUACAACAUGAUUGUCGACAAGUCCGUUGUUCCCGGAGCUGGUGCCUUCCAGGUUGCCUGCGCUUCUCACCUUAAGAGCGACGCCUUUGGCAAGUCUGUCAAGGGUAAGGCCAAGUGGGGUGUUUCAGCCUUCGCCGAUGCUCUUCUUAUUAUUCCCAAGACUCUGGCUGCCAACGCUGGUCUUGACAUUCAGGAUGCUCUUGCGGAUCUGCAGGAUGAGUACGCCGAUGGCAACAUUGUCGGUCUUAACCUUGAGACCGGUGAGCCCAUGGAUCCCGAGCUUGAGGGUGUCUUCGAUUCUUACCGAGUUCUGCGAAAUUGCAUUGCCUCUAGCUCCAGUAUCGCGUCUAACCUUCUGCUAUGUGACGAGUUGUUGAAGGCUCGACAGAUGGGCAGAGCAGGCGGACCCGGACCUGGCAUGGAUGGACCUAAUGAUCACAUGUAG